CAGGACGGCGGGACAGGCCCGGUCUAUCACCGACAUGGUAGUAAUGUGGAACAGUUGAGCAUAAGCUAACCUGCCAUUCGACGAGAACUCAUGGAUCUCGGAAGAGUAUAUGAGCAACACGAUUCACCCAUGCUCCAUUCGCUCUCCAACUCUGCCUCAUUGACUCAAGUCCUUCAAGUCAACUCAACAGAUACCCACCACCAUGAAGUUCACUUCUAUCCUCUCAUUCGUAGUCCUCCUUACCGCAGGCGCCAAUGCAAUGCCCACUGCCAAUGAUGCACUGAAGACACGCUCAGCUAUUCUCGAGCGUGAAGCCGCCCCCGAAAGCGACAUCUACCACUCGACCUACAAGAAGCGCGAAAGCGAUAUCUACCAUGCCACCUACAAGAAGCGUGAAGCCUCUCCCGAAAGCGACAUCUACCACGCAACUUACAAAAAGCGUGAAGCUGUACCUGAGAGUGACAUCUACCAUGCCACCUACAAGAAACGUGAGAGCGAUCUUUACCACGGUACCAAGAAGAGACGCGUUACCGCACUCGUUGUUUGAAGUGGCACGGAGAGAUGUGUUGAAGGAAGGUUAGCAGGAUACAAAUUGAGAGAGGAGGAUUUGAGAAGAUGUAUCCAGACAGUUGAUAAUCCAUAUUUCGUACACAGAUAAGAGACAUGGAAUCAGUCUGCCAAAAUGAAACUUACUGUGAUACGAAAUGGUAAUCGAGCCUAACUAA